AGCUGGUCGCUUCUUGUCAGUCUAGCCGUGGCCGUUACAGACCGACUCUACCGGAACAAAAAGAAACUUCCAGAAAGGAGUUCCGUUUCAGCAGAAAGACCAAUUAGUGCAGAUUGAGGAGGAAGUUGAAGGUGUGUAAUGGGUUAACGGCGGAAGGCCUCGCCUCACCUUUUCGCGCGUCACCCGGCACCAUCCAAACCAACGUGGUGAAAUCUCCUCUCGUCGCCGCCAGACGCGCACCCUCUCCUCGCCUCAUCCGGUCGGUCACCGCCCCGCCGCUCCAUCACCGCACGCACCCAGAAGACGUCGGGAACUGGAGGAAUAAGUGAUUUACCGGAGCCAUGAAGGACCGCAUGCAAGAACUUAAACAUGGGAAGGAGACGACAGAGGAGGAAGAUGAAGUUGCUGUGGGGAUUGACAAAGGCUUUAUGGAUGAAUUCUUUGAGCAGGUGGAGGAGAUCCGGGGUUUCAUCGAGUCUCUGGCAGAGAAGGUUGAGGAGGUGAAGAGGAAGCACAGCGCCAUCCUCGCUUCACCCAACCCAGAUGAGAAAACUAAGGCUGAGCUGGAGGACCUUAUGGCAGAGAUCAAGAAGUUGGCCAACAAAAUACGCUCCAAAUUAAAGAGUAUCCAGCAAAUCAUUGAGCAAGAAGAAAGCCAGAACAAGUCAUCAGCUGACCUGAGGAUACGCAAGACACAGCACUCCACGCUGUCUCGUAAGUUCGUCGAGGUGAUGUCGGAAUACAACACCACCCAGUCAGACUACAGGGAGCGCUGCAAGGGACGCAUUCAGAGACAGCUGGAGAUCACUGGCAGAAACACAACCAAUGAGGAGCUGGAGAGCAUGUUGGAGAGCGACAACCCGGCCAUCUUCACAUCGGGGAUCAUUAUGGAUAACAUCACCGAGCAAGCUAUGAAUGAGAUCGAGACGCGGCACACGGAGAUCAUCAAGCUGGAAAAUAGUAUCAGAGAGCUUCAUGACAUGUUCAUGGACAUGGCCAUGCUGGUGGAGAGCCAGGGUGAACUGGUGAACAACAUUGAGCGCAGUGUGCUGGACGCCCGUGAUUAUGUGGAGCAGGCAAAGGAGAUCAUUCCCAAAUGCAAAAAGUUAAAAAAGACCGGCAGGCGGAAGGUGAUGCUGAUAGGAGGUUGUAUUGCAGCAUGUCUCGCGAUCCUCAUUAUUUCCCUCGCAGUUGGACUCAGUUAGGACCCUCAGAGCUCACAGGGCAGGAGGGGGUCACUCUCGGGGUCAUGUGUCAAACGUACUGUAUAGUGCGGCUCUUUGUGUAACGGCUGUUCAGCAGGAAGCAGGUUGACAACACAGUCCUGAAGGCAGCAGUCUCAGUGCAAUGUACUUUCUGUGCACUCAAUUAUUGUACAUGAACUUUGACGUAAUUGUUUUAAUUUAUACUUUUUUUCUAAACCAAAUAGUUGAACUUUUUAAAGAGCUGACUUUCUUCUGUGUGUUUGUGUCAUGAUUCACAUGCUGUACCUUCGUCACAUGCAUGUUUUGCAGUUUGGUGAAUGGCUUUGCAUGUUUUUGUGCAAAAAACAAAGCUGCAGAUCUGUUAUUUUGAUCAUUUAAAUUUAAAAAAACGUCAAGUAUAUGUUCAAUAUGAUUCACAUUUGUAGCAUGUGGGAAAAUACUGGAUGCUAUUUAAUUUAUUAAUGAAUUAAGAAAAUGCAGGAACAAAAUAUUUGUAGUUUUUGAAGAAGAGGGUGUGGAAAUGCUUCUAAAUCAUCAGAUACACUCAAAAUUAAUCCAAGCUGCAAUUUUCUGCUUUUCUUGAAAAUGUGUUCUGAUUAUUAUAAAUAUUGUCAAAUCUGUGUUACGUGACUUGUCCACUACAAUUCUCUAACAGGUUUUUUUCUCUGCUCCCAAUUUGCUGCCAUGGAUGACUGUUUAUAUGUUAUUGUUAACACUUCACAGAAGAAAAUUAUGAUUAUUAUAUGCUGUGUGGUACUGGGAAUUGUCAUUGCUUCCAUAGUUGGGGGAACGUUGGCCUAAGCCUCAACCGCAGUGUCACACAGCCACACACACACACACACAACAGAGCAAAAGCCGAUUCCCAUUUCCUGUUUUCAUGAAUGCAAUCCAUUACAUUUUUGCGUUACAUACUGUACGACAGUUUCCGCGCGGUGUAGAUGGCCAGAGGUGUUUCCGCAUGAGUUGCUAUUCUGUAAACGUGUGGUGCUGCAAACUGUUUCUCGGAGUGUUGUCAACAAUAUGAUGUUUCCAAAAGUUAAUUCCUCAAUGGAAAACAAGUUACUAUAUGAAAUGUAAAACUAUACUGAUACAUUCCAGCUUCCAAAAAUGACACAUAUUCAAGUGUAAUGUCUAUUUUGUGUUGUACAGGCAAAGUGGUUUUUAAAAGCCAAGUUAUCUAUUUACCCAUUAUUUACGUCAUCUUUUCUCUCUCAUGUCCUCUCCCUCCCUUCAAAUGCCCUGCAUGGUUUACUUCACUGUAAAUUGGUGUUUUGUUUUUAAUUGCAAAGGGGAAAGAAGAAAAGUUGGGAUAUUUUGCUCAUAUUCAGCACACUGCCAAACUUUUCAAAUGUCAUCUAGUGGACUUGACUUCAUCUGGCCUUACCAGUGGUGCAGCAUUUCUAACCAUCGCUCCGUGUUCAGUGGGAGCGUGUGAAUGUGAAAUAGGAUAUGCAUGUGUUCAUUCGUAGCUUCAUAUUUCAAUGUGUCGUGGGAUGAGAACACGAGUGCAUGUUAUUAGCCACUUGUGUCUUUGUUUUGUAUAAAGUGUAAAUGAAUAUAAAGCUCUCUAACACUGCCGGUAUGUUCAAAUAGAGUCUCGUCUGGUUUGGAUUGAUAAUUCUAGUCUGUAAGUGACAAAUCCUUGUUGUUUUUGUCUUUUCAUAAACUGAACACAUCCUUCUGUCUGGCUACUUCACUGUUUAUUUGUAUGAGUAAAUAUCAUGAGCCAGUGAACGCAUCAGCAUGACCUCAACGUAGCCCGUAAAAGACUCUCAUUCCAGACGUGCACAGACUGCAACCAUGUUACCAUGUUGCCUACUCAACUCGUUGCCUUUGUGUUGUAUUGUGAUGUCAUGGUUUUGCUGUUGAAUUAGAGUUUGUUUUAGUUUAGUUUUCUGAGUAAAGUUUGUCUGAAAAAUCACAUUGUUUUUUGCGUUGUUUUGUAGAAGUGCAUUCAGAGACAGGAUGUCCAUUAAAGAGAAAUUCAACCUGU